UGAGUCGUACCAGUGUACAUGUAUCUCGCAGCGUGAGACGUGAACGUUUUAUUUUAACGUGUGACAAUAUUCCGUAAUACAUUACUUCGUCAUGAAGAUUUACAUGCUCUUAUUUUUUGCUAUCGGAACAUAUGGACAGUCCGACUGGACAGCAGAUCUUCGAUCUAACAUCGACCGCAUCACCGAAGAUAUCAAUAACAACGUACAUCAAUUGCAGCAGAAAAUCCACGCAAAUGUUCAGGAUAAUUUAGCCCGAAUCGACCUUCUUAAACAUAACAUAGACCAGCAAGUUGAGAAAAUUAACGAAGACGUGAAAAAUGGGAAGCAAACAGUAAUAAUUAAUGGAGGAGGCUCCACUCGUUCAGUGAUAUCUGGAACCCUUCCAAAUGGGGAGACCUAUUUUCACGACAUUGAGGAGCGGAAAAUCGGAGACACUCUUCAUCGUUUUGAAAGUUUAUACAAUCCGCAAACUCAGCAAGUGGAGAGGUAUCACACGAUUCUGGAUUUAAAGGACCCAAAUGCAAAACCGAUACCAGCACGAGGGACAGGCGGAUCGCUACCAGUGCCAACAAGCUCGCCAGAAAACCCACAAAAUACACCAGGAAACCCACAAAAAACCAACCAGGAGGGAUAAGUGAGAGUCGAUGAAGUCAUGACUCGGUGGAUCGAAUCACACCGCGAUCCUUUGUCUUACUUGUUAUUUGUCGGGGGUUUCAAUGGCUAGUUUCGUGGAAUUUCAUGGCAUUCGUUUCACCACGUGCCUUGGAUCCCUUUACACUAAUCAAGACUCUUCUAUUUAUGAGGAUCACGAUACAAUUUUUUUUAUUUUUACUCUUUCAUUUUAAUACUUGAUAAAUCUCACUCUAUUAUUUGUUUAUUUUUCGAUUUUCUCGCCAUUUGAAAAAUAAUUUACUUGAUUAAUUUUUACCUAUUAGAGGAUAUUUUUGGGAAUAUUGGGUAGAAAGGUGGCAAUUUUUGUAUAAAGUGUUGGAAAUAUUUUCGACGUUAAAACGAACGAGAGACCCGCUGUAACUGAUCAGACGGAAUAACGGAAACAUUUAGGCCGUUUAUUACGAAACAGCCCAACACGUAGACUAACCCCAUAGAUAAAGGGCCUUGUCUAAUGGGUAGACCUGACACCCUGGACGAAUUGGUGACUGGGGAACACUUGGAUACGAACUCUCGAGCAAGCAACACUGGAUAUUAACAACCUAGCUGACAUUAUAUCGAGUCUUUAACUAAACUUUUAUUGUUAACAAUAAAUGGAAGAUUGAUAUUAAUUAAAUAAUCGGCAAUAUAUUUUUACCUACAAAAGACCUCUUGAAAUUCUCUAUCAAGAUAAUCGAUGUACUGAUAAAUUGGAGAUUGAUAUAACACUUAAAUUUCAUUUUGACUUAUAUCAAUAUCAGUAAUGAGAAUAAAAGAAUAAUUUGAUGAUUCAUAUUUGAAUUUAAUUGUUGCAUAACCAAAAGUUUAUCCUCUCUAAUAGUCUGUAUACUAGAACAGCCAAUGCUCAUCUUUUCUGAAAAAAAUUAAUGGAAUCUUUGAAUCGCCUAUGUGUCUUGCACUAAUAAUGCACUAAUAAACUCUGCAUUGGGAAUUACA